AUGUGGAGGAUACAAACUUGGCAUGAAAAUACUUAUCAUCAUAGUAACAGAAGCGAUCCACAGCCAUCGGAUGAUCCGUUUCAUCAUAUACAAUCUAUGCCAUAUAAUCCUAAUCCUCCUCGUCAUCAUCCUUAUCAUUCAUUCAGUCAUAAUAAUGAUUCUAUUGAAACUACAAUACCAAUAUCCUGUUUACAAAUUCCAUCUUCAUCUAGUUAUACCAACACGUCAUCGAAUAUGUCGGAUUAUUUUAACAAUGAAAAUACCAAUAUGAUCAUCUUGGAUAACAACAACACAUUAACCAAUAAUGUUAUGUCAAAUGAUUCCAUAUCACUCAUUCAUAAAAAUCACAAUCAUAAUAAUAAUAAUGACGAUAGUAGUAAUAUGAAUAGCAUUACAGAUUGCAAUGAGCAUAUACACCAUCAUGAUGAUAAUAUGAAUAAAAGUGAAAGCAUGCUUUUAUUAAGUCCUAACCUUGUACAAAAUCAUACUGACCAAUGGAGUGGAACAAUGAAAAAUUCAUCAGAACUAAUAGAUACUACUAAUGUUAUGGUGAAUACUAUUAAAAUAAACAAUGAUAAUAAUAAUAACGAUAAUCAAAAUAACACAGAAAAUAAUUCAUUUUAUGAACAAUUAAAUCAACAGAAUGCAGAUAUAAAAUCCGUUCAUUUAAAUCAUUGUCUUUUUAAUCAAUCAGAUAUUUAUGCAGAAAAAAUUAAUUCUA